AUGGAAACGGAAGGAGGAGCAAUACAGCAACAACAACAACCCCAUCAUCGUGGAGAACACUCGAAGAAUCAUCAUCAUCAAGAGCGCCUUCUCGGUCAAACGGCUACUUCGUCGAUUCAGGGAUUUCAACCAUUCACUGGUUCUCUGUUCGAUACCCCGCCAUCAAUGUUCUCAUCAUGCCAACCAUGUUGUCAAAUGACGUCUUCCCAAUUCGAUCAUCACGAACUUCUGGCUUUUGGAGAAUGA